CAAGGGCGAAGUAAUUGAAAACAUGUCACAGGCAAAGUUUGUAGCUGGAAUCUAUGCCCCUACAAAAUAUUUGUAUGCAUUCAAAGACAAUUUAGCUGAUGCUGAUAGAGAAAUGCUGUCUACAUGUACCGCAUUUAUUCUGUCAAAAACGGAAAUUAUCACGAAUGCUCAUUGUGUGGCUGGCGCCCCAUAUAUUUAUGUGGUGGUUGGUACGAAAGCUGCAUUGGAAAAAAACCUAAUCAAAGUCGAAAAAGAGCACAUUGCAUAUCACCCUUAUUAUAGUCAUUUAAUUGUUGGUGCAUUUGACAUUGCCAAAGUUACACUGAAAACGCCGUUAGAAUUCAGCGAUACCGUUGGCAGUAUCAAACUCGUGGACAAGGAUUACAAAUUGAAUGACCCAUCAGAAGUGGUCACUGCCUAUGGAUAUGGCGUGUUGAACAACAUCGAACCAAUGAUAUUGAGGCGUUGCGAUGCGAACUAUAUAUCUGAUGUCGAUCGUGUCGGCGCAUUUAACCCACGUCAAACAUUGUACUUUACCACUGGCGAGGCUACGAACGAUGGCAAAAUUAUUACACCUGGCGAUUCGGGUGGACCAGUCGUUUCAAAAACAAAUGGCAAAAUCGUGGGCAUAGCUGUGGGUAUAAAUGGAGCAACAGUUGACCGCGGAAUGUUCCUCCCAAUUACGUCAUUCCUUGGUUUUAUCCAUGAUCCAAAGAGCGUAAAACCACUUCCACCUUCGCUUACACCUAACGAAGCUAAAUUCUUAGCCGAUAUAUCGGUACCGGGGAAAUUUCUUACCGCUACCAAGGAAGCAUUUGCCAAUACCGAAGAACAUGUUCGAAUACGCUCUAAUGCAAUCAUUUUGUCGGAAACCGAGAUUUUGACCUGUGCACAUAAUGUGCACGGCGCCCCAUAUGUCUAUAUAAUAGUGAAUAAACUAUCACGCAAUCCGACAAAAAUCAAAGUCACUGAAGACCAGAUAGAAAUUCAUGAGAAAUACUCAUUUCCUGGAUUCGCAUUUGACGUUGCCAAGAUUACACUUAAAGAACGGUUGGAGUUCAAUGACAACGUCGGCAGCAUCGAUUUGGUGGACAAAGAUUACAAAUUGAAUGACCCGUCUGAAAUAGUCUCUGUCUAUGGUGAUAUGAUAUUGGAUAGAACGGCGAGAACGAGACGUUUUGAUACAAAGUAUUUAGAUGGCGCCAUUUGCAAAUCGGAAUUGGGCGACCGAUUUGAUGCAAAUCUUUUGAUGUGUUACACUUUAGAUGAAAGCAUGGGAACUCCCUGUGCGUUUGGAGGACCAAUGGUUUCGAAAAAGAAUAACAAACUCGUGGGCAUGACCAUAGAUCGUUUUCCUGAUGAACCGGUUAUUUUUCAACCGAUUGCACCGUUGCUCGAUUGGAUCCGGAAGCCAAGGGUAGGACGUAAUCAAAGAAGAAGAAUAUAAGCUUGAAAAAAGGGGUUUCAGGCGCCUAA